AUGAUUUAUCAGACUAAAACGCGUCAAGUCAUUGAAACUCAUCGUUAUUCUACUCCUUCACUCCCAAUGUCGGAAUUACCAACACCGAAAAGGCCGAGGGUGCCAUCAACUCCUUUAAAGCCGUUUCUUGGUUCUCCAGAUCGUAGAAAUCUGGUAUCUCAGGCAUCAAGCGCGACAACCGCAUUACAGGGCCCAAGUUUGCUGCCAUUGCCCCCUUCUCAGAUAUCAAGAGGCCGUUCUAUGUAUAGCCAGUCACCUCCAAGGUCUCCCAAUAGGUCCCCUGCUCGUAAAUUAGAGUUGAUCCAAUUAUCUCCAGUAAAGAAUACUAGGUUGGAGCUACAAAGGAUAUACGAUGCAAAGCAGUCAAAAAAGGACAGACUAUGUAUAAAGACCCUCAUACUUAAUAACUUUAAGUCAUAUUAUGGUGAACAAAUUGUUGGACCUUUUAACAGCUCAUUUUCUGCAAUUGUAGGUCCAAAUGGUUCAGGUAAAUCAAAUGUUAUUGAUGCGAUGCUAUUCGUGUUUGGUUUUAGGGCGAGUAAAAUGAGACAAGGAAAGCUAUCAAAUCUGAUACAUAAGUCAGAAACACAUAGCAAUUUGAGUUUUUGCUCAGUAGAAAUUCGAUUUCAUUAUAUCAUGGAUGAAGCUGACGGUAGUAGUAGAGUGUUAACGGAUAGACAAGAGCUGUCGGUGAUGCGUAAAGCAUUCCGCAAUAAUACUUCAAAAUAUUAUAUCAAUGGUAAAGAAAGUAGCUAUACAGAAGUUACUACUAUGCUUCGUCAGGAAGGGGUUGAUUUAGACCAUAAAAGGUUUUUGAUCCUUCAAGGUGAAGUUGAAUCGAUUGCACAGAUGAAGCCAAAAGGGGAAAGGGAUGGCGAGGAUGGCUUACUAGAGUACUUAGAAGACAUAAUUGGUACCGCAAAAUAUAACUCUCAAAUUGAAAGUGCCCUAGUAGAGAUUAAUACACUCAAUGACGUCUGUAAACAGAAGGAGAACAGAUUUGAGCUUGUAGAAACUGAAAAAGAAUCUCUGGAGUCGGGGAAGGAAGAAGCACUCGAGUUUCUGGAGAAAGAAAAACGACUUACUGUACUAAAGUCACAACAGUAUCAGCUUUAUAUUGAUCAAAACCAGAAGAAGUUGCGGGAAGUGUUAGAAAAGAUCACGAAUAUUACAGACAAGAUGGAAAUGGAUAGAAAUAUGAAUAACAGUAAACAAACAAAAAUAUCAGAGUUAACAGAAAAAUCUAAGACGCUCUCAAACCAGGUUUCAAAAAUAACCAGGGAACGUGAUAAAUUGCUAAAGCAAAAGCAUCAAUUGGAACGCGAACUUGCUUCGGCUGAGGAAAAACGAAAGAGUUUGACCAAGAAAAGAGCAAAAUCGGGAAAACUGUUAAAAACUGCAGAAGCGACUAUUCGCAAGCAUAUCGAUCAAAUUAAAGAAUAUGAUGAAGAGCAAGUUCAAUAUGAGGAGAAAAUUAGGGAUCUCGGAGCUUCAUUAGAAGAAGAGCGUGAAAAGUUAGAUAAUAUGAAAAUGUCGUUGAGUAAAAAGACAAGUCAUAUUGCAGAGGAAAUAGCUCAGUUGGAGGAAGAGCUUAAGCCAUGGAAUGAUAAGAUUGACGAGAAAAAGUCGCAAAUAAAACUAGUUGAAGUGGAGGUAUCCAUGAUUAAAGAGUCUUACACUAAGGUUACGGCUGAGAUUAAACGAUUGAAAGAAGAGGUUGAGGAAUAUAAAUCUGCUAAUACCAACCAAGAAGCUAAACUAGCUAAAUUGAAAAAAGAAUCUAACUCAGUAGAUAAAUUAAUUUCUGUUUGCGCCACUGAGUGCUAUAAUGCAAAGACUAAACUAGGUGAAAUGAAACAAGUCUUAACUGCUCAUAGACAGCGUGUAACAGAAGCACGGUCUGCCAAAUCCAGUGAAGAAAAUAAGAAUAAAGUUCUGACCGCACUACUUCGCUUGCAAAAAUCAGGUCGAAUUCAUGGUUUUCAUGGUCGCCUUGGAGCACUAGGGACGAUUGAAGACAAGUACGAUGUUGCCAUUUCUACUGCUUGCCCUAGACUCGAUGAUAUUGUUGUAGAAACCGUGGAAUGCGCCCAACAAUGUAUCGAUCACUUGAGGAAAAAUAAGUUAGGCUAUGCGCGGUUUAUUUUAUUGGAUAAGUUAAGAAAGUUUAAUUUGAACCAAAUCCAAACUCCUGCGAAUAUACCAAGACUUUUUGACUUGAUAACAUUUAAAGAAAAAAAGUUCGCUCCAGCAUUUUAUAGCGUUCUGAGAGAUACAUUGGUAGCUCCCACAUUGGCAGUCGCAAAUAAAGUGGCGUUUGGUAAAAAUAGAUUCAGGGUAGUUACAUUAGAUGGUAAGCUCAUUGAUAUUUCGGGUACUAUUUCAGGCGGAGGUGAUCGUGUAUCCCGUGGCUUAAUGAAGUCGAAGCUGAAAAACGUCGAUACUUACUCCGCUGAAGAAGUUCAACAGAUGGAAGCAGAGUUGGAUGAGAAGGAGAAAAACUUCAAAAUCGCAAGUGAUUCACACCAAGAAAUGGAGCAAUCUUUGGCUGCAUAUAAAAAUCGUCAACCGGAACUGGAAACCGAGAUAUCUAAAGUGAAAAUGGAGCUAGAAUCAAUUUCAGCAUCUCUCCAAUCAACAUACAAUGCUCUUCAAGAAGCUGAGAAGAAAGCUACCGAAAAUGAAGACGACCAGAGUGAAUUACAGGAUGCAGAAUUCAGGCUUUCCACACUAAAUUCUGAAUUGAAAGACUUACAAGAAGAAUCAAAGGUUAAGAGCAAUAAGAUUAAAAGUCUACAGGCUAAAAUAAUGGAAAUUGGUGGUCUAGACCUUCAAGCUCUAAAGGCAGCUGUGGAUUCACUUCAGCAGCAAAUUUCGUUAACGGUUUCUAAGCAAAAGAGAGGAAAAGCAUCAAUAAAAAAGGCCGAACUCGAACUGCGUAGAGGUGAGAGGCAAUUAUGUGAGACUGAAAAGGAGAUGCAUCAAAUCGAAACUGAGUUAGCGAAGCUGACUACUCAUUACGAGGAGUCAUCUAAGGAAUUUGAAAAGAUUGAUGAGUCUUUACUGCAGUUGGAGGAUGAAAAAAGCACCUUAAUUGAACAGCGUGAUGAACUUGAAACCGAAAUAGAAGAAUUGAACAAAAGUAUGGAAGAUUAUAAAUCUGCUGAAAUAGAGUAUAAUAACAAGCUUGAAAAGUUGAAUUCUUUGCGCAAUCACGUUAGUAAAGAAGUUACUCGUCUUGAAAAAGAGUUGAACCUAUUGAAGGUUAGGGAAGUGACACAAUUACUCCAGAAAAUUGAAGACAAGGAACUUCCUGAAGAAAUAAAAAUGGACAUACCUCGAACUGCUGAAAACAGUAAUAUUCUGACUGAAAAUUCACAAUUACAACAGCUUCAACCUGCACUGGAGGAGGAAGAGAAUGUUGAAACUGAAGAUGAUGGAAGUAAGAUGGAUGUAUGUGAUCAAGAAACUGCAACAGAGAAUGGACUACCUAAAUUAACUCAGUCAGAACUAUCUGCAAUAGAUAAUGAUGCACUGACAAAAGAAAUUGAAGACUUACAAACUUUUAUUGACAAUGCUCAUGUUGACAUCGACAUUUUGGAUGAAUACGCUAAAAGGCUAGCAGAAUAUAGAAGAAGAAAAUUGGAUCUGAAUCAAGCAGUAGCAAAGAGAGAUGAGAUUAGAAAUCAUUGUGAAAUGCUAAAAAAAAGACGCCUGGAAGAAUUCAUGGAAGGCUUUGGGGUGAUCUCAAUGACUUUAAAAGAAAUGUAUCAAAUGAUCACUAUGGGAGGUAAUGCUGAGUUGGAACUGGUUGAUAGUUUAGAUCCUUUUUCAGAAGGUGUAUUGUUCAGUGUAAUGCCACCCAGAAAAAGUUGGAAAGAUAUUUCGAAUCUCUCAGGUGGUGAGAAAACGUUGAGUUCGCUUGCUUUAGUUUUCGCACUUCAUAAAUACAAACCUACUCCAUUGUAUGUCAUGGACGAAAUUGACGCGGCUUUGGACUUCAGAAAUGUUUCUAUUGUCGCUAACUAUAUCAAAGAGCGAACUAAGAAUGCACAAUUUAUUGUCAUCUCGUUGAGGAAUAAUAUGUUCGAAUUAGCACAGAGCCUUGUUGGGAUUUACAAAAAUGACAAUAAAACAAGAAGUGUGACUAUACAGAAUAAAGAGAUCAUUAAUUGUGUGUGA